AUGGUGAUGUGCAGAGGGGGGGUGGGGGCAGGGCGGGGCAGGGGGGGCAGGGGGGGCACUGGGGCUUGGUACCGAGAGGAGAACCAGAGCUUAUCGGAGGGUGCUGCAGCAGCGACAGGAGCGAAACACCAGGACACACAGGACACACAGGAGCAGAGACCAGCAGGAGCAGAGACCAGCAGGAGCAGAGACCAGCAGGAGCAGAGAGACCAGCAGGAGCAGAGAGACCAGCAGGAGCAGAGAGACCAGCAGGAGCAGAGAGACCAGCAGGAGCAGAGAGACCAGCGGGGCAGAGAGACCAACAGGAGCAGAGAGACCAGCAGGAGUAGAGACCAGCAGGAUCCGAGAGACCAGCAGGAUCCGAGAGACCAGCAGGAUCCGAGAGACCAGCAGGAUCCGAGAGACCAGCAGGGGCAGAGAGACCAGCAGGAGCAGAGAGACCAGCAGGAGCAGAGAGACCAGCUGGAGCAGAAGGAGAGACCAGCAGAAGCAGAGACCAGCAGGAGCAGAGACCAGCAGGAGCAGAAGCAGAGACCAGCAGGAGCAGGAGCAGAAGCAGAGACCAGCAGGAGCAGAGACCAGCAGGAGCAGAGACCAGCAGGAGCAGAGAGACCAGCAGGAGCAGGAGCAGAGACCAGCAGGAGCAGAGAGACCAGCAGGAGCAGAGAGACCAGCAGGAGCAGAGACCAGCAGGAUCCGAGAGACCAGCAGGAUCCGAGAGACCAGCAGGAUCCGAGAGACCAGCAGGAGCAGAGAGACCAGCAGAAGCAGAGAUCAGCAGGAGCAGAGACCAGCAGGAGCAGAAGCAGAGACCAGCAGGAGCAGGAGCAGAAGCAGAGACCAGCAGGAGCAGAGACCAGCAGGAGCAGAGACCAGCAGGAACAGAGACCAGCAGGAGCAGAGAGACCAGCAGGAGCAGGAGCAGAGACCAGCAGGAGCAGAGAGACCAGCAGGAGCAGAGAGACCAGCAGGAGCAGAGAGACCAGCAGGAGCAGAGAGACCAGCAGGAGCAGAGACCAGCAGGAGCCGGUGGCCUGA